GUUUGAUACCUUUUUAGAACUCUUCUCAUAUUAAGAUCACCGGGAUCUUCUGCGGUUUGUGGCCAUGGAGACAAAGGCUUGUCGCCACUUCUUAGAAGGGCGCUGCCGACAUGGAGAUGAUUGCCGCUACUCCCACGCUGAAAAGCCGCCGCCCGCGCCGCCCGCGCCGCCCGCGCCGACUGCGCCCGCCUUCCCCAAGCCCGACUGGGGUGAUCCGGAAUCAGCCGCCGCCGCCUUCGCACUGCAGGAGAUGAACGACAGCAAGAAGAGGAUAGAAAAGGACGAGUGGAAUGAUUAUUGGGCCUUGGGAGACAACUUUCUGCUUUCACCAGAUGGCAAUUUUGUUGUUACCUGGGGACAUGUUGAAGAAGGCCGCUUGUCCGACUCGCCUGUCCACAAAAUCAUCCAGGCCCGCUUUGUGCACCAGCUGGCACCUCCCGUCGUGAAGAUCAUCAAGAGCCUCCACUUCAUUCAGUCCAGCGACACCCGCUGCCGUGACAAAGGCCACCGCGGAGCUUCGGAGAUCCGCUGGGAUCCCGCGCAGCCAGCCACGCUCCGCUGGACUGAUUCCUCCUACCAGACCUGGGAAGAUGAAAAGCACCAGAUUCAACGCCGCCAAGUCUCCACCGACUGUGCACUGGAUCCCCGGAUCUGGAGGAUCGGGGGGGCCAACGUCGCAUCCGCCGGAUGGGAACUUUUCAAUUGCCCCACGAGCUCUGUGACUCCUGGCAUACAGAUCAUAUGAAUCUGUGUACUUAUAUAAGUGCAUAGACCAUGGAACUCUUGACACCUCUUUUGCACUUCGCUCCAAUCCGGGACCAGGACGACCAAAACGGGACAAUGAAGGGGUCGGGUGAAAUCUUCCAUUUUGUUCGUGUUUUUGACUGACACCUCGAGAAACACACUCGUAACACGUAGGUUUUCAC